GUCUCGAGUUGUGCGACGUCGACUGCAGGUCGCAGCGAGCUGGUCUCUCACAUCUCCGCCCUCAGAGCCAGUGCUAUGCUGCCUCCCAAGUCGCUGCGCAGCGUACGGACGUCUGCGUUCCGCUCGUGUCGCUCUCUCGGACCCAGGCAUGUUUCCAGCAGUGCAAACCCUUUCCCAUUUCCGACGAACACACACCCUACGCCUCACCAGAUCUUCCACCUCCCGCCCAGUGCAACGAAAGACGAGGUGAAGACGAGGUACUAUGACCUCGUAAGGAUCUACCACCCCGACUCCGCCAUCAGCCGCGCCGUCCCACCAGACACAGCGCACGCCCGCUUCCAGGCGAUCAGCGCGGCCUACUCCGUGCUCACAGGGAAGGCGCGAAGGAUGGGCGACGUGGAGAGCGACUCCGGGAACGAGCUGCGGCCGGACUACAACAGCCUGAGCACGGCCAUGUGGAAAGCGAAGCAGCGGAGGAGAGCUGAGCUGAACGUCGGGACGGACGACCGGUGGAAGGAUGCCCUUAUGUUUGGCGCGAUCACCCUGAGUGUCGCUGCCUUCGUUUGGCAGGCACAUUCUGCACGGCAGCAGGCCAUCGCCGCGGCUCAGAAUGCUCCCGAUUGGUCACAGUCGUGGCGAACACGAAAAACAACCGCGAAACGUCCAGCAAAAGCUACGCAGGACGAUUCUGAUUUGUUGGCAGAGCGAUGACUUCUGGGAGACUGGUAUCACACAGAGCACUGGAACGGAGGUCCAGACGUUUCGUCUACAGCACUGCGCAGUGCGAAGGCCCUCAUACGUCCUAUUGGCACACCAGACACGCUGUCCCUCUCACAGACCUUAGCUUGCUACCCGCCAUGUCCGCUUCCUUUACAUCACUAGAGAUCGAGACAACAUAUCGUAGCCGUCGCC